AUGAAAAUGAAAACAGCCAAACCGAUACAAAAGAAGUGCAAAUUCCACUUACGUAUGUCCUAACGCACUCUCACUCAUCAGUUAUCACUAUUUAUCACCACAAACUAAACUAACUACUCUCUCUCUCUCUCUCCUCUGGAAUUGAAUUGGACUACUAGACACUAGUACUAUCCCUUUUGCUCAAGGGUCUUCACAGUUGAAGUUGGAAACUAUUUGUUUGUUGAAUUUUGUGUUAAAUACAUUCUUAAAAAAAAAAAAAACCCUAAUUUGGAAAUUGGGUUUGGUGAAAUGACCAUUGGUGGGUUUGUUUCGGCUGCAAACUUGAGCUGCCAAAGUACUUUGACAGGAAAUCAAACUCUAAGAUGUGGGUUUCUUAAUAAUUCAGUGAAAACCAAUGCAUUAGCAUUUGGAGGUUGUGAAUCCAUGGGUCAUAGUUUGAGAAUUCCACUUACAAAGGCUAUUAGAUUGAGGCCGAGGAAGGGUGUCUCUCCUUUGCAGGUAGUAUGUAUGGACUUUCCAAGACCAGAGCUUGAGAAUACUGUUAAUUUCUUAGAGGCUGCUUAUUUGUCUUCUUCCUUUCGUGCAUCUGCUCGUCCAUCUAAACCCCUAACAGUUGUAAUUGCUGGUGCAGGUUUGGCUGGUUUGUCUACUGCAAAGUAUUUGGCAGAUGCUGGUCACAAACCUAUACUAUUGGAGUCAAGAGAUGUACUAGGAGGAAAGGUGGCUGCAUGGAAAGAUGACGAUGGAGACUGGUAUGAGACUGGAUUACAUAUAUUCUUUGGGGCUUACCCAAAUGUGCAGAAUCUGUUCGGAGAACUUGGUAUUGAUGAUCGGUUGCAAUGGAAGGAACAUUCUAUGAUUUUUGCAAUGCCAAAUAAGCCGGGAGAGUUCAGCCGAUUUGAUUUUCCUGAAGUUCUUCCUGCACCAUUAAAUGGAAUAUGGGCUAUCUUGAAGAACAAUGAGAUGCUGACUUGGCCAGAUAAAGUCAAGUUUGCGAUUGGACUCUUGCCGGCAAUGCUUGGUGGACAGGCUUAUGUUGAAGCUCAAGAUGGUUUAACUGUUAAAGAGUGGAUGAGAAAGCAGGGAGUACCUGAUCGUGUAACUGAUGAGGUUUUUGUAGCCAUGUCAAAGGCGCUAAACUUCAUUAACCCCGAUGAACUUUCAAUGCAAUGCAUAUUGAUUGCUUUGAAUAGGUUUCUUCAGGAGAAGAAUGGUUCCAAGAUGGCUUUCUUGGAUGGUAAUCCCCCAGAGAGACUCUGUAUGCCAAUUGUUGAUCAUAUUCAAUCACUAGGUGGUGAAGUAAGACUAAAUUCGAGAAUACAAAAAAUCGAGCUAAAUAAUGAUGGAACAGUGAAAAGCUUUUUACUGAAUAAUGGGAACAUGAUUGAAGGAGAUGCUUAUGUAUUUGCUACUCCAGUUGAUAUCCUGAAGCUUCUUUUGCCGGAAAACUGGAAAGAGAUUCCAUAUUUCCAGAGAUUAAAGAAAUUAGUUGGAGUUCCAGUUAUUAAUGUCCACAUAUGGUUUGACAGAAAACUGAAGAACACCUAUGAUCACCUACUGUUUAGCAGAAGUCCACUUCUCAGUGUGUAUGCUGACAUGUCAGUAACAUGUAAGGAAUAUUACAACCCUAAUCAAUCUAUGCUGGAGUUGGUUUUUGCGCCUGCAGAAGAAUGGAUUUCACGCAGUGACUCAGACAUUAUUGACGCUACAAUGAAUGAACUUGCAAGACUCUUUCCCGAUGAAAUUUCCACGGAUCAAAGCAAAGCAAAGAUUGUGAAGUACCAUGUUGUUAAAACACCAAGGUCUGUUUACAAAACUGUCCCAGACUGUGAACCUUGCCGUCCCUUACAAAGAUCUCCUAUUGAGGGGUUUUACUUAGCUGGUGACUACACAAAACAAAAAUAUUUGGCUUCAAUGGAAGGUGCUGUUCUGUCAGGAAAGCUUUGUGCUCAAGCUAUUGUACAGGAUCAUGAGUUGCUUAUAGCUCGGGGGCAAACAAGGUUGGCUCAAGCAAGUGUUUAUUGACAAAAAUCUUUGCAAAUGGAGGUAAAUUUUUCCUUGGUUCAAGAGGAUCAUUUAAGUAAUAGUUAUGGCUCGUGGAUCAAUGAUAUAUCAACACUAAAGAUAUAUUUUCAGCCCUUGGGGUACUAUACAUGAUGAUAGCAUAUUGAGCUGUCUAUUUCUGUAGCUUUUCUGGAUAUAGGAUCUUCUUUUUGUUCCUCAUAUGAUGCUCAUCUUGCUGUAAGUGUACAUAAUUUUCUCCACUGUCUAUCUAAAAGACAAUGAAAUUAAGGAGAGUAAAUAAAUUUGAUUCAGUUUGUGUACUUAAA